GGUGUGCGGGUCGGGGCGGAGCAAAGGACGCGGGUGGCCGUGGUCCGAUCGCCGCGGCCGAGGAGCCGACGGCUCUGACGCGGACUGGACCGGGUGAGCCGCGGCCAAGGCUGACCAGCGCUGACUGGCGAGGGGGCACGGCGAGCUUCACCGGGAGGCCACUCCGCCCUCGGCCGGGCGGACCAUGGCGUCCUCGGCUCGCCUGGUCACCAUCAAGCGGAGCGGCGACGACGGCGCGCACUUCCCGCUGAGCCUCAGCUCCUGCCUGUUCGGAAGGAGUAUUGAGUGUGACAUUCGUAUCCAACUGCCUGUAGUGUCCAAAAAACAUUGCAAAAUUGAAGUCAGUGGGCAAGAGGCAAUAUUGUAUAAUUUCAGUUCCACAAAUCCAACGCAAGUGAAUGGGGCUACUAUAGAUGAGCCUGUGCAGCUGAAACAUGGAGAUAUAAUAACAAUCAUUGACCGAUCUUUUAGGUAUGAAAAUGGAAAUCAUGAGGAUGGAAGCAGCUCAACUGGAUUUCCAGGAAAAUCACCUGGACAGGAACCAGCACGGCGAGCUUCGAGAGCUAGCUUCUCUGUUGACCCUGAUGGGAAAGGUCAAGAUGCCAAAGCUUCGAAAACCACUGCUCCAAGAAGAUCUUUGGUACAUGCCAAGAGGCUCUCUGGAGACAGUUCAGUCUCAGAUGGCUCAAAGGACAGUGUUACCCAAGAUCCAUCCAAUAACCAUUCUUCAGGGCAUGUAGAACAGCACAGUGGCAGAAGCAUAGGAGAGCCCACAUCAGGUGGUCUUUUUAAGAAGUCCGGGGCUACAGGGAGUAGUUACAGGGAACUGAAGUCUUCUCCUGCACAGAGCCUUAGCAACAGCAAGAAAAAUGACUCUCCCUUUGAGAAACUUUAUCAGUCGAUGAAGGAAGAGUUGGAUAUAAAAUCACAGAAACAGUCUCGUAGAAAGUCAGAACCACAACCUGAAUGUGCAGCAGGCAAAGAUACAUGGGAAACAAAGUUAUUGGUAUCAUGCAAGUCAAGACCAAAAUCCAGUGGAAGCACGCCUGGAACUGCAGCCUCUUCACCCAAAGGAGACAAGAUCGGGGCUGUGACACAGAACAAUGGUGUGCGGCCUGUUGAGACUUCCGCAGAGGCUCCGAGCUCCAGCUUUCCUCUCUCUGAGACAGCUAAGAUGAAGACCCCUGUGCGAAAUUCACAGCUGCUUAAGAAUGAAGACUUGCAUGUUACUGGCAGAAGAGAGUCUAUGAAUCUGGGUGAAAGUGAAGGUGCCAAGGCAGGUCAUAGGAUAGUCACUCCUAGGAAGCUGGGAACUAGAAACCAAACUUCAGUGAAAGUUGAAGAUGCUGCCAGCCCUGCUGAUACACCAGAGAAUCUCUCUUCCAAAAAGAGGAGGAGUAUUCCUGCAAAGGUAGAAGUGCUGUCUGCUGAAACACAAAACCGGUUCUCUUCAACUCAGCACCUUGCUCCAAGUGAAAAGAGAACUCCAAAGGAUUCCUUCAGCAAGCCUGAGAAAUUGGCCACUGCAGCUGAGCAGAUUUGCUCUGGGCUACCUGGUCUUAGUUCUGUUGAUAUCAGCAACUUUGGUGACUCCAUUAACAAGAGUGAGGGAAUGUCUGUGAAGAGAAGACGUGUAUCGUUUGGUGGUCAUCUAAGACCUGAAUUAUUUGAUGAGAACUUGCCUCCCAAUACACCACUCAAAAGAGGAGAAACACCGACCAGGAGGAAGUCACUUGCCACUCAUACUCCAGCUGUCCUGAAGAAAAUCAUCAAGGAACGGCCUCAGUCACCAGGGAAACAAGAGUCUCCUGGAAUAUCUCCACCAAAGGCAAUUGAUCAAAGACGCAGAUCAGGCAGGAGCUCACCUGCUUCCAGUGACAGCAAAUCCUUACAUCAGACCGACACUCCCAAAAAAGCAGGCAGGAAGAGUGGCAACCUGCCUGCCAAGAGAGCAUCCAUCAGCCGGAGUCAGCAUGACAUUUUACAGAUGAUUUGCUCCAAAAGAAGGAGUGGUGCUUCUGAAGCCAACCUGAUUGUUGCAAAAUCAUGGGCAGAUGUCGUAAAACUCGGCACAAAACAAACACAGACAAAAGUUGUAAAACAUGUUCCUCAAAAGCAGACAAGCAAAAGACCAAGAAGACCCAAUACUCCAAAGAAACCUACAAGCAACCUUCACAAUCAAUUUAGCACAGGCCAUGCAAACUCUCCCUGUACCAUUGUAAUAGGGAGAGCUCAGAUUGAAAAAGUAAGCGUGCCUGCUCGGCCCUACAAAAUGCUGAACAACUUGAUGUUAAACCGAAAAAUGGACUUCAAUGAAGAUCUGUCAGGACUAACUGAAAUGUUCAAGACUCCAGUGAAGGAGAAGCAGCAACAGAUGAAUGACGUGGGCUCCAUUCUUUCCAAUUCAGAGAAUUUACCUGAAAAACAGUUUCAAGUAACUAAUUCAGGAGACAAACCUCUUCCUAUCACCUCAGAGAUUUUAGGUUGGUUUAUUUGUCUGUUUCCACUGUUGUACUUUUGA